AUGACUUCUCCAGACUCUGAGAUGGCUGUCUUUGGGGAGGCAGCUGCUUACCUCCGAAAGUCAGAAAAGGAGAGAAUCGAGGCCCAGAACAAGCCUUUUGAUGCCAAGACAUCCGUCUUUGUGGCCCACCCCAAAGAAUCCUUUGUGAAAGGGACAAUCCAGAGCAGGGAAUCAGGGAAGGUCACGGUCAAGUCUGAAGCAGGAGAGACUCUGACCGUGAAGGAAGAUCAGGUCUUCCCCAUGAACCCUCCCAAGUAUGAUAAAGUCGAGGACAUGGCCAUGAUGACCCACCUCCAUGAACCCGCUGUGCUGUACAACCUCAAAGAGCGUUAUGCAGCCUGGAUGAUCUACACCUACUCGGGUCUCUUCUGCGUCACUGUCAACCCCUACAAGUGGCUGCCGGUGUACAACCCGGAGGUGGUGUUGGCCUACCGAGGCAAGAAGCGCCAGGAGGCCCCUCCACACAUCUUCUCCAUCUCUGACAAUGCCUAUCAGUUCAUGUUAAAUGUUAAAAAGUGGAACAUCGACAUCUUGAAUAAUGCAGUCAGUUCUAGUUUUCUCAUGUUAAAAAAGGAGAUAGUGGACCUGGAAAUGUUCACCGACAGACAAAACAAUAUUCAUAGGCAUGAAAUAAAUUCACGUGUCAUUCAGUACUUUGCAACAAUUGCAGCAAGUGGGGAGAAGAAGAAGGAGGAGCAGUCAGGCAAAAUGCAGGGAACGCUUGAGGAUCAAAUCAUCAGCGCCAACCCACUGCUGGAGGCCUUUGGAAAUGCCAAGACCGUGAGGAAUGACAACUCCUCACGCUUUGGCAAAUUCAUCAGAAUCCACUUUGGAGCUACAGGCAAACUGGCUUCUGCUGACAUUGAAACUUAUCUGCUGGAGAAGUCCAGAGUCACUUUCCAGCUCAAGGCAGAAAGAAGCUACCACAUAUUUUAUCAAAUCACGUCCAACAAGAAGCCAGAGCUAAUUGACAUGCUCCUCAUUACCACCAACCCUUAUGAUUUCCACUAUGUGAGUCAAGGUGAGGUCAGUGUUCCCAGUAUCGAUGACCAGGAGGAGCUCAUGGCUACAGAUAGUGCCAUUGACAUCCUGGGCUUCACUGCCGAUGAAAAGACUGCCAUCUACAAGCUGACAGGGGCUGUCAUGCACUACGGGAACCUGAAAUUCAAGCAGAAACAAAGAGAGGAGCAGGCAGAGCCGGAUGGCACAGAAGUGGCUGACAAGGCUGCCUACCUGAUGGGCCUUAACUCAGCUGACAUGCUCAAAGCCAUGUGUUCUCCUCGAGUCAAAGUUGGGAAUGAAUUUGUGACCAAAGGUCAAACUGUGGAACAGGAGGUAACUCCAGUCCUUUCUUCUCUACUUGAGGUGAACAACGCAGUUGGUGCCUUGGCAAAAGCUGUCUAUGAGAAGAUGUUCUUGUGGAUGGUUAUUCGCAUCAACCAACAGCUGGAUACCAAGCAACCCAGACAGUACUUCAUUGGUGUCCUGGACAUUGCUGGCUUUGAGAUCUUUGACUUCAACAGCUUUGAGCAGCUGUGCAUCAACUUCACCAAUGAGAAACUGCAACAGUUCUUCAACCACCACAUGUUCGUGCUGGAGCAGGAAGAGUACAAGAAAGAAGGAAUUGAAUGGACGUUCAUUGACUUUGGGAUGGACUUGGCUGCCUGCAUUGAGCUCAUUGAGAAGCCCAUGGGCAUCUUCUCCAUCCUGGAAGAGGAGUGCAUGUUCCCCAAGGCAACUGACACCUCUUUCAAGAACAAGCUCUAUGACCAGCACCUGGGCAAGUCCAGCAACUUCCAGAAGCCCAAGCCUGUCAAAGGCAAGGCUGAGGCCCACUUCGCCCUGAUACACUAUGCUGGCACAGUAGACUACAACAUCACUGGCUGGCUGGAGAAGAACAAAGACCCCCUGAAUGAAACUGUCAUUGGGUUGUACCAGAAAUCAUCUGUGAAGACACUGGCCUUACUCUUUGCCAACUAUGGUGGAGCAGAUGCAGAGGCUGGUGGCAAAAAAGGAGGGAAGAAGAAGGGUUCUUCUUUCCAGACUGUCUCAGCUCUUUUCCGGGAGAAUUUAAACAAGCUGAUGACAAAUCUACGCAGCACUCACCCCCAUUUUGUACGAUGCAUCAUCCCAAAUGAAACUAAAACACCUGGUGCCAUGGAGCAUGAGCUGGUGCUGCAUCAGCUGCGAUGCAAUGGUGUGCUGGAAGGGAUCAGAAUUUGCAGGAAAGGAUUCCCCAGCAGAGUCCUGUAUGCUGACUUCAAACAAAGAUACAGAGUUCUUAAUAUAAGUGCUAUUCCAGAAGGUCAGUUCAUGGACAGCAAGAAGGCUUCAGAGAAGCUUCUUGCGUCCAUUGAUGUGGACCACACCCAGUACAGAUUUGGUCACACCAAGGUGUUCUUCAAAGCUGGGCUGGUAGGUCUUCUGGAGGAGAUGAGAGAUGAGAAACUAGCAGAGAUUAUGACCAGGACACAAGCCAGGUGCAGGGGCUUCCUGAUGAGAGUGGAGUAUCGGAGAAUGGUGGAGAGGAGGGACGCCAUUUUCUGUAUCCAGUAUAAUGUUCGUGCAUUCAUGAAUGUCAAGCACUGGCCCUGGAUGAAGCUGUUCUUCAAGAUCAAGCCCUUGCUGAAGAGUGCAGAAUCUGAGAAGGAGAUGGCCAACAUGAAACAAGAGUUUGAGAAAAUCAAGGAGGAGCUUGCGAAGUCUGAGGCAAAGAGGAAGGAGCUGGAGGAGAAAAUGGUGACCUUACUGCAGGAGAAAAAUGACCUGCAGCUCCAAGUCCAGGCAGAGGCAGAUAGCUUGGCUGAUGCUGAGGAAAGAUGUGACCAGCUCAUCAAAACCAAAAUCCAGCUGGAAGCCAAAAUUAAGGAGGUGACUGAAAGGGCUGAAGAUGAGGAGGAAAUUAAUGCCGAGCUGACAGCCAAGAAGAGAAAACUGGAGGAUGAAUGUUCUGAGCUGAAGAAAGAUAUUGAUGACCUCGAGUUAACGCUAGCCAAAGUGGAGAAGGAAAAGCAUGCCACUGAAAACAAGGUGAAAAACCUCACAGAGGAGAUGGCAGCCCUGGACGAGACCAUUGCCAAGCUGACAAAAGAGAAGAAAGCCCUCCAAGAGGCCCAUCAGCAGACACUGGAUGACCUGCAGGUAGAAGAGGACAAAGUCAAUACGCUGACCAAAGCUAAAACCAAGCUGGAGCAGCAAGUGGAUGACCUGGAAGGGUCCCUGGAGCAAGAGAAGAAACUGCGCAUGGACCUUGAGAGAGCUAAGAGGAAACUCGAAGGAGACCUGAAGCUGGCCCACGACAGCAUAAUGGAUUUGGAAAAUGAUAAGCAGCAGCUGGAUGAGAAGCUGAAGAAGAAAGACUUUGAAAUCAGCCAGAUCCAGAGCAAAAUUGAGGAUGAGCAA